CUGUUGGGAGUGGCUAGUUCUGUGCCGGUCCCGGCAGUAGGAGCCACGUUUGCCGCUCGGUCCGGUGGUGCCUAUGGUAUGGGUUCUGUCCCAGGACAGCUGCAUUCACUCCAGCAGGGACAGCUUAGAAACGCGCUUCAACAGUGUCGUCUCGGGCAGAAAUCACUGCGUGAAACAGAGCACCGGCCUCGGGUCGUCCCUCGUGAGUGAAGAGACGUGGGGGUUUAUUGUUUAUCGGUGUGUGACGGCGGCAUUCGGCUGGCUGUGUGGAAAUAGGCCAGGCAGUUGCGGUCUUCCGCAUUUGAUUUGAGGACACUUUAGCAUCUCCUUGGGGUGCUUUCACUUUCUCUAGCAAGCAUCAUGACGUUUCAAAGUGGCUUUACUGUAAUUGUUGAUGCCUCCGAAGAAACGUAUCCACAAGAUCCCGAAGACAGAGCUGGUAUUCCUUGAAAGGCCACGAGAGGGACCCGUCCAUUGCUACGAAACUGCUCUACUUUCAGCCAAGAAUCCAAGACGUAUGCCUACAAAACCUGUAGACCAGAACACCUCUGCUGACUGGGUGUGCCCACAGUUUGACACAACCAAGUCAGUGGUGUUGAAAGUACAGCAGAAGCAGCACUGUGGUCCUCACAAGACCCAGAAUAAGAAUUCCAACCACAGUUUGCUUCAUGCAGGAGUUUGUCAAAAAGCUGUAGCCUGCAAAUUUCUACCUUUAACUUUUGAGAAUCCAGAAGGAUUUGCAGCCCACCUGUCAAAUCAUUUGAAUUGUACAAGGAAGAACAGCCAGCCCAACAAAAGGACAGCAGCAAAAGCCAACAUCCAGGUGCACAGUCAGGAUACCUGUAGAGAAAUACUUUUGUUACCUGAUCCCCAACCUGUGGAGCCAGAAGUCUUUAGUCCACCAGAUACAGAGACGCCAGAGGUGGCUUCUGUAAGGAACCAUAGAUGCAGCAGCACUCUGCCAAAGAGAAGUAGCCUUAUCUGGCAUCCAGAAAAAGAGCUGGUAUUUGGUAUUGAUCCCUGUGGGAGAGGGGAAUCAGCAGCAGUACUGGUUACGGAUACUCCUGAGCGUGAGUAUGGAGUAAAGGUCACUUGGAGACAGCGGCCUCAUCAGAUGAAAUACCUGCUGGAGAGGGGAAAGUUGAGCACUGCUGACAUACUGGUGAAGGCGAACCUCAAGCUCUCAAGGAGGCAGGCUAAGGUCUGACUUGGUUGGGAGCAGUAACAUUAUCUAUUUGGUUGCAUCUCUGAACAUAGCAAUGUUGCUUUUGAGGAUGACAAGACAAGAAUAUUAAAGUAUAAACCGUGAAA